CUGUCGAAUUUGAAAUACCGCAGUUAGUCCGUUGCAUUCCAUCUUACAAGAUGCCAGAAGUCGCUCCCGUUGUACAGCAAAAGGCUGAAAUUCAGACUCCCCUUAAAAAUGGAGUUGCACCGGUGAAAGUAAAUCGCGAUGAAUAUGCCGAUGGAAAGGCGGCCAGGAUUUGGGAUGUUUUUGUUGGAGAUCGCGAGACUCGGGCUAAGAAUAUUAAGAGCUUUUUGAUAAGGAUUUUGAGGGAGCAUGGUUGCAAGAGGAUUUUGGAUGCAGCAUGUGGCACGGGGGUGGAUUCCAUUGUCUUGUUGGAGGAAGGAUUCGAAGUUGUGUCAGUUGAUGCUUCUCAUCAGAUGUUGAAGUCAGCAUAUCGGGAACGGUGGAACAGACGUAAAGAAGCAGCUUUUGAUAAUUGGGUGAUCGAACAAGGAAACUGGCUAACGAUUGAUAAAGAUAUCAAGUCUCAUAUUGGAGAUGGAUUUGACGCAGUCAUCUGCCUUGGCAGCUCAUUUUCUCAUCUCCAUGAUACACACGGAGACCAAAAGGAACACAAACAGGCUAUUGGGAAUUUCAUGAAAUGUCUCAAACCUGGUGGACUUCUUUUAAUAGACCACAGAAAUUAUGAUCAACUGAUUAAAACUGGGGACACAUCGGAGUCGGAUUACAGUAACAAUGUUUACUACAAUGCGACUCAUAAAACUCCGAUUCGAAUCAACACAAAAAUUCAUUAUGAAAAUGAUAAACCAAAAAUGAUAACACGUGACUAUUUGAUUGGUGAAGGAGAUAACAUUACAGAAUUGAAUUUCUCUUUCCAUCCACAUACGCUCACAUCGUUUACGAAUCUCCUUAAGGGUGUUUUUGGCACUAACGCCCCUUACACGGUUUAUGGUGACUUCAAACCUGUAAAUCUUCUUGAUGUUCCAACAUAUUAUAUUCAUCAAAUUAAAAAGAUUAAUUGAUGUUAAUUGAAAUUUGUAAAUUCUAUGAAUUAUUAGAUGUAAUUUUCUAUUGAAAUCACUCGAAAUCACUUUUUUAAGAGAUUCCUUUUAUAUAAGGAUUUGGGGGUGCUGUGCGAUAUAUUUUAAUAAAAGAUACAUUUCGAAUAUAAAAAGUUUCUUUUCUUCGGUCAACCCGAUAAAAUUUUCGGUUUCUGCUUGAAUAAACAAUUUCAAGAGUUAAGUUUGAGAUAAGUUGAAUUCUUCAAAGGACAUUUUUUGUUACUUUUCCUCUUUGCCAUAUGUCAUUUGUCAUAUCAAAAUCAUAAUUUUUAUUCCUUAAUAAAUUACUUUUAGGAAUUGUCUCGAGAUAUUAAUUCUAGUCCCCGAAUCUAUCUGUAGAUAGUUUGUGAUUCUCUUUAUCUGUCUUAAAUUUAAAUAGGAAAAUAGCAAUUUUGUUUUAUUUUAUGGGCAAACAUAUUUUUUUAUUUUUC